CCACGGGCGGGGAGCUGGGUCACAGGUGUGUGCAGGGGCAGAAUGUGCCAGAAUGUGCCAGAAUGUGCCGGCUCUCACCUUGCCCAGCUGCCGCUGGAGAAAAACAAAGCACAAAGAGGGACCUGAAGUAUCUCCUUCUCGGAAGCCUGAUAAGGGACUGGAGUGGUGGCCAGAGCCGUGGAAUCCAACAAGAGGAACAUUACGUGGCAUGUGGCAUGGGGGACCCCCAGGAGGCCAGGAGGCCUUCAGAAAGGAGUCUCCGGAGGCAGCCCAGCCUUGCAGACCCUGACAUUGGACACGCAGCCCAAGUUCUCCGUCUUUAUCCUGGAGAAAAACUGACGUCAGUGCGAGUUCCCCGGGGGGGACACCAGGGCCUGGGGGGUGGGGGGAGCCGUUGUCUAACGGGCACAGAGCUUCGGUUUUGCAGGAAGUUCUGGAGGAGGACACACAGCAAUGUGAAUACCCUGGGCGUUGCUGAACUGCCCCCUGGGGCAGGGCAAAGACCGCCGGUUAAUUCGGUGUUUGGUGAAGGCCCGGUGCUCCCUGUGUCCUCAGGAGUAAUGCAACUGGACCCCAGGCGACGGACUGGACUCCUGGCUGCCCACGCGGGGCUCUGGGUCACCAGCCAGGAGGCACAUGGCCACCUCGAGGGGGGCGUGCAGCUGCUGGAGGUCAAUGGCAGGGAGGCGCUCUGGAUGACUAAGUCCAGUAGCGUAAGGGAGGACCUCACCAGGAAGCCUUGGAGAGGACGACGGGGGGAGAGGAAGGAUUGUACGGCCGCUUCUCUGGGGCAGCCCCAGCGGCCAGAAGCACAUCAACGCCCACCUCCCACCAUCUCCGGGACGCCCCAUGAAGACUGCAGCACCGGGGAGGUGGGGGCUGGGGACAAGAACGGGUUCACGUGCCUCGGUUCCCCAGCACGCAGCCCAGGCCCAGACUACAGGGAAUGA